GUUGUGUAACACCAGAUGUGGAAUUGAAGCCCAAGAGGCCACGUUGACCGCACGCGAUGGAAGUGGAAGACGUAGACGCGUUGCCACCGGCUGAGGUGUCUGCUGAAGGUAAGAGGACAAAGGGGGACUACCCGCAAGUUGAAGAACCUGAGAUUCCGACGCAGCAACAACCUUCCCCACCUCAUUCCAAUGGCGGAGCGGAUGUUGUGACGCAAUUACGAGCAUGGAAGGAGCGCGGUGCACGUAUCGAGCAGUUGCUGGCUAAGAAGAACGCUAAAAUGCAAGAGAUGGAGGAGACGGUGAGCUGAUAGACGCUAUUACGGCCUGAAAAUGGCUGACGUGGUGUGAUUAUGCAGGAGAACAAGCUGAAGCGUUUACUGGCUAUGGCCAAACGUAGUAUCGACAAUAGCAAACAGGAGUUAGCGGAGAAAGAUGAGACGAUACAGAAGCUGCGGGAGGAGCUGGCCAAGAGCCAACAGGCCAGACACUCGUGGUUCGUGGACGCAUCUACGCGCGAUCCAAGGCAGUUGCUGCACAAAGUGGCGCAUGGGAAUCUGCUCUGGUGUCUGGUCGAGUACGUGAAUGAAAACGAACUUGACGACUCGACCGAGUUUGCGUGGCACUGUUUCCAUAAUGAAGAAGAGAUACAGGAAUACGCGAAUCGUGCGACGGGAGAGCCACUGACGCUACCAGAUUUGUCCAUGGCGCCGUAUGAAGUGGAGCGUGUGAAAAAGAGUCUGAAGGAGGAGAUCGACCGCGUACAGGAAGAGUUUCGUCGUUAUCGUGUGCGCUCGGAGAUCACGCGUAAACAGAAGGACGCAGAGAUCCGCAAGAUGAGCAUGAAUGUGAUGGCGAAGCAGACAGAGCAGAUAUCGGAGACUGAUCUUUCUGGGGAGUUGCAGUCGUCAAAGGCGCAGAUCCGUCGACUGACAAAGGCGCAAGCCGAAGCUGAAGAGCGGGUACGUAUAGCAGUGUGUACUGUUCAAUCACGGUGUUUAAUUUAUUCGAACUAUUGUCGUGUUGGCUUGCAGGAAUCCGACUGGCGACGAAAGUUUGAGAAGUUGAUGAAGGAUUAUGAGAAGCUCAGUGGCACUAUGGGUGAAACAAUUCUCGCGAUGGAGUGGAGAGAGAGAUACGAACAAUCAGUUCGAGAGAAGCAAGAGCUGGAAAAGAAAAUGGAGGAAUUGAAGCUGAUGACCAGUGGAGCGUUCGGUAACGGUAGCGACAAUGGCAAUGGGGAUCUGCAGUCUCUGCGACAAGAGUUCGCGCAGUACCGGAAGCGUGCUUUGAAUGCCGUGGAACAGAAGGAGAAGGAGCUGAACGAUAUUCAAGCGCAGUACCACGAAAACGGAGGUGGGAGCAGCAAUGCAAGUCGCACGAACAGUUUCAAGGAAGUUCGCGUUCGUCGCAUGAGCAUGGAGUCCAAUAGCAGCCUGUCCGGAUUCGAGACGCCCAACGCAACCAAGACAAACGAGUAUCUGAAGAAUAUAGUGUACAAGUACAUGGCCUCGGACCAAGACGAGGCCAAAGAGCACAUGGAGAAGGCAAUCGCGACCGUUCUCAACUUCACACCAGCAGAAAUCUCUGCAAUUCAGGAGAAACGCAAGCAGCAGCAGGGCUGGUUUUGGUAACUCAACUCUGAAAUUCUAUGAGUACACUCGCUCUCGCCUCCUUCAAUUUAUUCCGGUUGAGCAAUUGCCUGUCUGUUGUUCUGAUGGAUUUGCAGUUGAGUUGAAUUUUUAUUGCUGUGAAGCGUUUUGAUACUUAGUUUUCCUGGGUUUCCUGUGCUAAUUGAGCUCGUUGAUCGUUAUCGGAUUUGAGCUUGUCGAGGUGGCGUAUGUAUCUCUCCAUUCGUAGAGUGACCAGCGUCGUCGCUUCAGUUCGUCGCGAGCAACAUCGACAGCCUUAACACCGAGUGCAUUUUCCAGACAACCGUAACAAAGCGCGAUCUGCUGUUGUACCAAGCGAUGAUCCGGUAAAACAAACGUAAGUUUGUGCAAGCUACGACAGUCCGGACACACGUAGCGCUCGCAGAGUUUACACCGACGCCGCCAGCGGAAGUUCCUGCCCCCAGUCAUUCGACUAGCAGCUGCAGAGAGAAGACUGGAGACAGCUGAGCGCUUCUUCCCACAAGUCACACAAGGUCCGUCAGCCAUGGGAUCAACCGGUAUUUGCCUGUCUGAUCGAUGUCUUUGCCGUAUGGCCCAUUUGAUCUUCUUCAUCUUGCAACAAUGGACAUUUCUGGACACGGAGAGCAGCGUCCGAGCAAUUGACCGCGUGAUAAUGGAGUUCUCCAGUCCAUUCAGAGGAUUGAGGAAGCCUUUAACGUAGACAUCCGUUUCGUCGCUGUUCUUCUGUCUGUAGAAUGCGCAGAUGGACAUGUUGCCUCGUAUAGCGGAUGAACGCUCUGGUGUCUCUGGGAAUUGGAUCGAGUGCACAAUUUGGUAGCCAACUCGCUCCCCGUUGCGAAGAUAGUCGACACCCGUGGCCUCCAGAUACACGUAGUCGCGGUUCUUUACCAUCGCUCGAGCAUGUUUCGACUGACCUUUCUCCAUCCACUUGACUACAACCGACGUGAACGGGUCUUCCACUGUUGGAGAGACGAGUGUAGCUAACACACUGCCACGUACAAGACCGUCUUUGACGUACGACGUCUUGACCCGCAUCUGAUCCAGUGUUGGACACAUGAAUCCGUACAUUGUAUCGUCCAGUUCUCCUUCGAUCGCUCCAACCACUAAAACUGACGGUAUGGUAGUUGUUGAGGACUGCGUGAACACUGGC